UGGGAAUGUGCUCUUGGCACGUGUCCUGCCUUAACAAGGCUUUCGGUGUGUGCAUGUCUGUGUGUCGGUGCCUGGGUCCUGUGUGCUGCUGCUUGCUCGCUUUCCACCUUCACUUGUGCCCGCAGUCAGGCUCUGCACGUGCGCCAGCCCCCAUGCGCACGUCCCCGAGUGACCUGUGCGCGGUGUGCAAGGACCUCCGGGUCGUGUGCACUUGGUGCGCUCGUGCCUUUCUCUCCGCACGCACGAACGCACUUCCACAUGUCUGGGUGCACGUCCCCCUCGGUGUGUGCACGUUCCGUGUGCACGCCGCCCGUGUCUGUGUGCAGGGCGCUUCACGCGCGCGCUCGGGCCUGCGGGCGGCCAGGGACCCGCGCCAGGCUCCACGCGCCCCGCGGGGCUGACCUCCCCCCCACCCCUCCCCGCGCCCGGCCGCGGGCCUCCGCGAUUGGCCGCCCGCGCCCUCGCAGCCGUCACCCCUCCCUCCCCCCGCCACCCGCGCGCCCGCGGUCCCCGCUGUCCCCCGCGGUUCCGGCGAGGCCGCGCCGCGCUGCGCUCCGCUCCCAUUGGCUGCGCGCGCCUUUGUGUGGCGGCAGCUGCGGCCCCAGCGCCUUUGAAUGUCGAGAGGGGCCGGGAAGGGAGCCUUUCCAUGGGCCAUCUGUCUCCCCGCCAGCCGCCGCCCCACCGCCGCCCGCGCCCCGCGCUCCGCCUCCCGCCCCGGCGGCUCCCGCAGCCCCGCCGCCGCCCGCGCCCGCGCCCCGGAGCCGCGCCACAAAGGGCCCGCGCGCAGCCGCCGCCGCCGCCGCCGCCGCCGCCGCGCGAGGAGCCAGGAUGGUCCUGGUCCACGUCGGCUAUCUCGUGCUUCCAGUGUUUGGCUCUGUGCGAAACAGAGGUGCCCCCUUUCAAAGGUCUCAGCAUCCUCACGCUACCUCCUGCCGCCACUUCCACCUGGGCCCCCCGCAGCCGCAGCAGCUGGCCCCCGACUUCCCCCUGGCGCACCCCGUGCAGUCGCAGCCGGGCCUCAGCGCCCACAUGGCCCCGGCCCACCAGCACAGCGGCACCCUGCACCAGUCGCUGACUCCGCUGCCCACCCUGCAGUUCCAGGACGUCACAGGUCCCUCCUUCCUACCUCAGGCCCUGCACCAGCAAUACCUCCUGCAGCAGCAGCUCCUGGAAGCCCAGCACCGCAGGCUCGUCUCGCACCCGAGGCGGAGUCAGGAGCGUGUGUCUGUCCACCCCCACCGCCUCCACCCCAGCUUCGACUUCGGCCACCAACUCCAGACGCCUCAGCCCAGGUAUUUGGCUGAGGGUACUGACUGGGAUCUCAGCGUGGACGCCGGCUUGAGCCCUGCCCAGUUCCAGGUGCGGCCCAUCCCUCAGCACUAUCAGCAUUACCUAGCGACUCCUCGAAUGCACCACUUUCCCAGAAACUCCUCCUCCACGCAGAUGGUGGUCCAUGAAAUCCGAAACUACCCUUACCCUCAGCUUCACUUCCUUGCUCUCCAGGGACUGAACCCCAGCAGACACACCUCUGCAGUGCGGGAGAGCUACGAGGAGCUGCUGCAGCUUGAGGACAGGUUGGGAAAUGUGACUCGGGGAGCCGUACAGAACACCAUCGAGAGGUUCACCUUCCCCCACAAAUACAAGAAGCGAAGACCCCAGGAUGGCAAGGGCAAGAAGGAAGAGGGGGAGGAGUCAGACACAGAUGAGAAAUGCACAAUUUGCCUGUCUAUGCUGGAAGAUGGAGAAGAUGUGAGGCGCCUCCCCUGUAUGCACCUCUUCCACCAACUGUGUGUGGACCAGUGGCUCGCCAUGAGCAAGAAAUGUCCCAUCUGCCGAGUGGACAUUGAGACACAACUGGGAGCCGACAGCUGAGGGAGGAAUUAGCCAGUGGACACCCCAUUUUCCUUCACCAGGUCCCCCCCACGGCCAUAGCCCUUGCAGCCAAACUUUGCCUUCUGAGCCAUUUGAUGUAGAGGAAAAGCCUGCAAGCACAUUUUGUGGAAAGAGGAGUUGGCGGUAUCAGUGUCUGAGGGAAAGGAGGGGUGGGGGGGCGACCCCCCCAUCCAGAGCGGUGACUGCCCCCAUCCACCUCGCUGCGCGGGAGGGAGCUGGCCGUGCCCGGAGCAGGGGUGGGAAGGGGGGGCCCACACUGCUGAGAAUCUGGAUGCGAACUGGAAGGUCCUAGCUGAUAGACAGGCCCCUCAAUCCUGUCCUUUGAAGGAUUGUGUAUAUACCUCUCGACCACGUAGAAACCAUGUAGGGGUCUCUAGCUAUUUCUGUGGAUGGCAGCCGGAGCAUGUUAGCUUAAGAAAAAUGUUGUGUGUGGUGCUCUAGUCAUCUUGUGGUGGACAUGUCGCUAUUACGAAUUCGCACCAAAUAUUUCUCAUUGAGUUCCUUGUUUUGGUGCCUGACUGAACCAACCAACGACAGCCCAAAUCUUCCCGUCUUUAUGAGAAAAAAAGAAAAAGGAAUCAAAGGUGAAAAAAAAAAAAAAAAAGCCAAAUCCUGUUUCUGGUGAAAAAGGAUGAUUUUUUUUUUUUUUUUUCACCCGGGUUGGGAGGCGGGAGGGGGGUGGUUCUUGUUUUGUUUUUGUUUUUGUUUUUUCCUUUGCUUUUGUUUUUCUCAUGUUUACAGUGCACGGAGUGUGGAAGGGGAGCGUCUGGGGAAGGGGAGGGCAGGAAAAGGGGGAGACGGCGGCUUCGCUGGGCACCCGAGGGGCUCAGCCAGGGCGAGGAAGGCAGAGUUUGGGUCAGUGAAAGGGGAAAUUCUGUCUUGAAGGAGGGCUCCCCAGUUCCAGGGCACAUGCACUUAGUUCCAGCCAUGUCCCGGGUCCCACGGUCCCCUGUGGAACUAGGGCGGAGCUAGCUUUCCGCUCGAGUUGCCCCCGUGUUCCUCAGAGCCAGGACGUCCCUGUGUAUGCCACCUCCUUCCUUUUGGCUGUGUGUAUGCCCUGUCACAAAGAGGCGAUUUGGCCACGGCCUCCCUAUGCAAACAAUUCACUGGAUGAUGAACAUAUGAUAGUACAGCUGGUGGUGGACCCUUGGUCUUGGCCAAAGUGCUCUGGCUGGCACUCAGGGGCUGGGGCCAAACACCAUGGACCUGGGGGAGGACUUCUGCUUCCUAUGGGAUGUCUCAAAUCCCAGUGGAGUCCCUCAGAGAUGGCCUUGGCCCCGAGACGGUGUCAGCUGGGCUUGGGAGGCCCUGUGUCCCUAGUCUCUGGCUCUUUCUCUCUUUGAUGACCUUGGGCAAGUCCCUCUAUUUCUCUGUGCCUCAUUUUCCUUCUCCUGAGAGGGGGGAGAAACGACAGUCCUCCCUAUCUCCACUUCUUCGCCCUCACCUACAUGUUGUGAGGACUGAUAACCAUCCACUCAACGCAUUCGUGCUGUGUCCUGGGACCCUCCUGGGGGUUUAGGGAUGGGAGUGGUGAGAGACAGAGAUCCGGAAGUUCCAAGCGACACCAUCCAAUGUGUCUUUCUGCACCACCCCGUGACUUUUCUGAACCUCAAAGGGAGCAGGGAGAUGGGAGGACAGAAGAAUGGAGAUGGGAAAAUCCACCAAAUCCCAACCCCAACCCCAACCCAGCUUUCUUUACCCAUGUGCAGAACACCCCAGCCUAGCUGAAAUUCUGCUCUCUUCCUUUACCCCUCCCCCUCCCUUAUUUGCACUGUCCUCGAAGCCUCCCCCUCUCCUCGCCCCUCCCCCAAUCUCAGUGCUCUCAUAUCAGUAAGAGAAGACUAAGCAGGACAGGAUACUUAUCCCCUAUAUGAAGAAAUUCUAUAAGGUUAAGGGUAUGACCAGUACCAAUGGGUUAAAAAUGACUGAGAGGCAGAUUUUGGCUUGAGGUAGAACCUUCUAGCACAACCCAAGCUGUCGGGCAGAGGCAUGGCUGUUCUGGACACCUGCAGGCACAGAAUGGGGAUGUGGCUUCUGGUGGAAGGGUUACUCAAGGAUCUUACUCAGACUGAAGCCUCUUCCAGCACCAAUACUCUCGUGUUCUAUAAAAUCUUUCCUGAGUGCCUGCUCAGUGCUGGGAGAGAGGACAGUGUCCCUGCCUUGAGGAGCUUACAGUUUAGCCAAGGAGGCAAGACACAUACAAUAGCACAAAAGUGACUAUCACUGACACAGGGUUAACAGCAGUGAGCAUUACGUCGUCCAAUUCCAUAGUUCCGUGUAUGAACUCUCUCCAGGGCCGAAGGCUGGAGAACCCACCAGUGCAGAAAGUGCUUCCCAAUCAGGAUUUGGGGGGGAAAGCUCAUCACUAGUAGCCACAGGAAGCUGGGACUUCUCCCCAGCCUGCUUUGGACCAGGAGGCAGCCAGGGUGGUCUAGGGAAGCUCACUCCCCUCUUAGUCUGGGACUCUUGUUCUCUCUGAGUCUGGUUCAGAAGGCUAGCAAGUAGGGGGAGCCAGUGCGGAGCCAGAUGGCACGAGGGCUGGUGUCCGCGGGUUCCAGUCUUGGCUCUUCAGUGACCAAGCACGUAAUGCUGGAAACCUCCUUCUCUCUGGGCCUCAGUUUCCUCAGCUGCAACGCAAGGAGUCUGGAUUGGAUGCUUGCUAAAUUUCCUUCCGACACUCACAUUCUCUGAUCCUCCCUAACAUCAACACAUCCUUCAAGUGGUAGGGCCACGUGCCCACCGAGCUGUUGAAAACAACUUCCUGUGGGCACCAACAUCUGUCUCAGGGGCUGAGAGUGGGAGUGCGGUCCCCUCCUCCUCCCUGUUCUGGGCACGCUCUGAGUGCCCCGGGCCAAUACUAGGCACUAACUGGGGUGGGGAUCACCCAGUGGGGAGAGGUCAGCCGCUGACUACGGGGGUGGAUCCUGAAGCCCUCCUCCCCUCCCCAUCUCUCUGGGGCCCUCGCACCUUGCAGGGGGGGCACAGGAGGGGACGUGGACUCAGGCUCCUGCCAGCUCCAGGCUCCUUAGCCGGGCAGCUCUCUGGGUGAGAAGACAGGAGAGGGGUCUGUGCUUCUGCUCCCUGGAAGCCCCCUCUCCCUCGCCCAGGAGCCCGGGAAGACGGAGAAGAGGCAGGCUCGGGCCUCAGCAUCUUGUACCCACCACCUCCGGGAGGGGAGACCCCCGGUAGUCCUCCUACUGCUCAACUCAAGGGACUCAGACCCUUUCUUGACUGAGACGCAUGAGUGCCUUCUGGGGCGAGAGCCACCCCAGGAUUCAAGUUGGGCCUCCCAGCCGCAGUGUAGCCCUGGCCGCAGCGGGUUGCAGAGGACGCCAAUCAACGAAACCAACGCCACAGCCACAGCCACAGCCAGCGCCGGCUGGCGCCAGCAGGGGGGCGGGCCAGGGCGCGGGGCUCCUCUACUGGCCCGGACACCUGGCCCCCGUGGCCCUGGCCCAGCAGUCGUGACAGGACUCAAGCUACUCUUCUGCAAAUGUCCCAGCCUCCCUGCAAGUAUUCUCAACUCUUUACGCCUAAUGAACAAGCACAGUUUUUUCAAUGGUGAAGAAAAAGCACCAGAUCUUUCUUUCUUUCUUUCUUUUUUUUUUUUUUCCUGAAGAAAUCCCCCAAGCCCCCCGCCCGCCGGCGGGACAAACACUCCCCGCGUGGGGCUGUAGCAACGUCUGUCAGGUCCCCUGUCGUGUUUCAUCUCCUGCGCGUAGAGCAAAUGCUAGAGCGAUUUCAGCUGAUAGAAAAACAAAAAUGAAAAAAAAAACACAAAAAACAAAAAACAUGGCACGUUGCUAGUUUACAGGGUUUUGUGAGUUUAAAUGCCUUAUAUUUAACAAUCAUAAUUUAUGACUAACUUGUAGAUAUCGUGGGUUCUUAUUUAAUUAUUUUUAUAGUUGUUUUGCAUUUUUAAUUAUAAUUUAUUUAUUUAGAAAGGAUACUAAUUUUUUUUAUUACUCCUAUUACCUCAUUUUGGCGUUGUUUCUGGGAGUGGAAUGCUUUGCAUGCAUUGGUACGAUGACAAACAACUAUGAAUACGAAAAAAAAAUUUAAAUAAAAUUCCGCGAACUUUAUUUCGUCCAAACUAUCAGGGUGUGUGAUUGCAAGCUGUCCUACUGUGGUGCUGGCCUCUUUGGAUACAUUCCAUACGAAAUGCAAACCUUUGAUUCUGUAUGCUGUGACCUAGUGAAAAACUCCAAUAUAGUGACUGUAUUUAGCACAUAUAUAAAUAUAAUUUGCACUCGUCAGCAGACUGGGGUAAUCCUUUCACUUGCUACCCCUGCCCCCUCCCCAGCCCCCUCACCAUUAACCUAUUUUUCUUUCUUCCCUAACCCUUCCCACGACCUCAGCCGACCCUGCCUCCGAGGAAGGUCAGGGGCCCCUAGGGGUCACUCUCUCCACCUGGGCUCCGUAUCUCUCUGGUUCCAGAACUGGGCCCUUCAGACAUUACCAGCUGGGGCAUCUGAAAGCCAAAAUCUGAAAGCCUGAUUUAUUAGAAAGAGCCCUGGACUGGGGGGUCAGGAGGCUCAGGUUCUCAGACCAGUUUUAUUGCAAACUUGCCUGUGACCUUGAGCAAGUUGCUUGGCCUCCUUGAGUCUCAGGGUUCUGGGCAGAGGUGAGGGAGGCAAAAGGGAGGGUGUCUAGGGUCCCUCAGACCCAGAUAGACUAGGAUACAGACCCAGUGGGGACCCCUCGCUGGGCUUUCUCAACCUCUCAGGAGAGAAGGAAGGGGAAGAGAAAGGAUGGAGGGGUGGAGAGAAGGAGAUGAAAGAAAAAAGGAGAGAAAGAGAGCGUCCUGAGAAUUUAUUCAGUGGAUUUGCUCACGGUAGACACCGGGAAAGGGUUUUGUCCUUUUAUACGCAGCAUCCCGCGGGAGUCAGGGAGGCGGGAUAGGUGGACACAUCCCCAGACGCAGGACGUGUGCUUUCACGGGGUUCUGUGGUCAUUUGCAGAGCGAGCUGAAGUCCACAUCUCAUUAGAUGUGGGGAGCGCAUAGGCAGAACAGCAGCCCCAAAGUGUGGUGUUUGGGAUUGGCACCUGUCCUGUCCUCUCUUGGAGCCUCUGUUGUUGAGCAGUACCCUGGAUAACAGAUUGGGACAAGGAUUUCAGACCCAUGAUCUCUCCUCCCAGCGUCGUCUCCACCUCUGCCCCUGUUCCACAGCUGUGGGGAGGGGAGGGGCUGCUGUGAAGGACUGGAGGGCCUUCCGGUCUCACUACUGAGGACCACGAAUGCUAGGGGAGGGUUUGGGGGAAGUGGUCACCUCCAAGGCUGGUAAUGCUGUGAGCCCAGAUGCCUCUGAGCCAAAAAGAGAGAGAGGAGGUCCAUGCCCCCCGGGGGUCCUCUGAGCCGGGGCUGUGACCCUGGCCGGGAGAAGGAGGACCCCUCCUGUCCUCCUUCCCUUCUUUUCCUUCUCAUCCUUCCCUCUUGCCUCUUGACAUCACUGCCUUUGCCUGGUGGAGAAGUCCAUCCUCCACAUGAGGCCCCGGGAUGGUGCUGAUGGGGGAGGAGGCGGAGGCCCAGACCCACCACACUGCCGGCCCAGGCUUGCAGGAGUGGCCGGGCCGCGUAGGGUCCCUGAGCCCCACCUUUGCUCCGGCCAGACUGUGGGCCCCGUUCCCUGGGCUUCCUGCCUGCUGCCUGCCCAGCUUCCCUUUCUGCCUCUGCCCCGGAGCCGUGUUCUCCUGCUUUUUCCUUGGAGACGGCAUGGCCACCACACUGCCAGGCCUGGCGGACACGGCCCCCUCGGCAGGGCUCCUGGACGGACAUGCCUUACGCCGCUCUGCGGGGUCAGAGUGGGAAGGGGCCCUUUGCCCUGGCUGGCCUGUGCCCCCCCCACCUCCCCUCCUCCCGGCCCCUCGCCUUUCCCUAGCCCCACCCUGGCCUCGGACGUGGCUCAUUUCUCAGCUCCAGAGCCAGCCACGCCCGGCGCCAGGCCCGCUGGGGUAAUUUGGUUGCCCCUGGUAAGUGAAAGGAUUAUCCUCAGUGUUGAUUGUCCUUUUUUGUAAUCCUCCUGCUGUUCUGUUCUGUUGUGCUGUGCAACAUUUUGCUACAUAGACUAUUUUAUAGCAGAAAGCUAGAAGAAUAUUUAUUAUGAAUAUUAAAGCAAUAGUGCAUCAAUGAAAAGGCGGAGACAUUAGGAAUUGUGUAAAUGCUUAGAUUCACUUUUGGUGGAUUUUUUGUACUUUAUUUAUAACUAAUAAAAAUGAACUGCAUUGCUAACUACA